CUGCACAUCUAUUGGUUCAAAGAAGAAAACUUUUGGAACCAAUGACGGCGUAGCUGCGCGAGCCUAUGGCGAAAAAGCGCGCGAAUGAGCCCACCAAAAUUAUGGCUAUAUAAGCGGGCGUUUCGCCGUAGGAUUUCAGGUCAUUCGACUGAAGCGAUGACACUGAGCCGCAGCCUCGUGGCAUGGCAUCAAACGCAGUACUUGUUCCCGUAUCUCAGGGAACCGAGGUUACGUUCGUAACCGAGUACGUUCCCUUUCGAUACUUUCACUCAUACAUCAUACUGUAUGGGGAACGAAUACAAUCGCGCUGUGCCACGGCAGGGAACAACUUAAGCAUAUCUUGAGCAACCUUGGGGCCAUCGAACCCUUUAUGUUACACUGCAGAGCGGUUUUAAGCGUCAAGGGCCGGAGGUCAGCUGACCGCAGCGGUUCGAAGGGAGGACCUUGAGGGCUGCGAGGACCGUAGAGAGGUCCCAAGUGGGAACAGUGAGUGGGCGAGGGGGAUUUAACCGCCUAGCACCUCUCAAGAAACGCACAAUGAGGCUGUUUCUUCCCAUUGGCCAGGGGGCUUUCGUGGAAAGCCUGAAUAGCUCUAAGGACCAAACUUGGCUCCUCCAGAGUGGGGCCACCAGGAGGACUCUGUGCUUGUCUUCCCUGACUCGCCUGAUGAAAGUAUAGAGGAGGAGGCUGGGCCAGUCGUGGGCCAGCGCAUCCAUCUCCUUUGAGAAAUAAGUUGGGCAGUGAGAGUCGUCUUCUGAGGCGAAGAGGUCGAACUCUGCCUUCCCAAAGAUCGCCCAGAUUCUGUGAACCGUCUGGGGAUGGAGCGUCCACUCGUCCGAGGGGACAUUGCUCCGAGAUAGCAUAUCUGCUCCCAGGUUCGACUUUCCAGGUAUGUGCGUCGCUCUGAGCGAUCGCAGCCUGGGUGCUGCCCAUUCGAGGAGGUGCUUCGCCAGGGCGCAUAAGUGGCUGGACGACAGGCCUCCUUGAUGAUUUAUGUAAGACACCACUGUCAUGCUGUCUGACUGGACUAAGACGUGGCGUUCUUCCAGGAACAUCUGGAACGAGAGGAGGGCUUGUUCCACUGCCAGCAUCUCGAGGCAGUUGAUAUGGAGAUGGCUUUGCUCGUGAGACCACGAGCCGAAGGCCGGUCUGCCCUCGCAUACAGCUCCCCAACCCAGGUUGGAGGUGUCUGUUGAGAGCACCAUUCUUCUGGUCACCGCCUGCAGGGAACUCCACAACUGAACAGCUGGGGUUCAUCCAAGGUAUCAGGGCUGAGAUACAGGCCUGAUUGACCCUGACUAGACUUGUCCAGAGAGCGGAGGAAUUUGGCCUGGAACACCUGGAGGAUAGCCAUGGUGUGGAGCGCCGAUGCAGCUUGCCCAGCUGAAGAGUACGCUCGGCCGGCGAUGGCGGAGAUAGUCCUACAGGGCUUGGAAGGAAGGGCCCUCUUGUUUUUCUAGCCCACAGCCGCGGGAGGACAGAGGUGAGCGGCCACGGCUUCGUCCAGUGGCGGCAUGUGCUCAUAGCCCUUUUCAAGUGAGCCGUCAACUGAGGUGAGAGCCGCAGGCGAGGAAGUGCGUAAGCGGGCCGAGUUUGGGGCGCGCCACGACUUCGUGAGCUUGUCGUAGACCUCAGGAAAGAAGGAGGCAGAGCGCUGGCGAGGGGCCUGGCGGCAUCCCGGCAGAUACCAUUCGUCCAGCCUGCUGCAUGUCGGCAAUUCGGGCGGGGCCCAUUCCAGGUCGAGCUCCUCGACAGCUUUGGAGAGGAUAUGGAAUAAUUCGGCGUCCAUCCUUGGCCUCGCGUCGAUGGGCUCCAGUGACAGCAGGUGGGCGGAGUCCUCGGAGUCACCGGCCCAUUCCUCCGUCUCAGAUGCUGUGAGAGACAUAGAGUCAUCAAGUGGCUCGUCCUCUGAACCGCCAAAAGAGACGAGGUUGCUCGCUUCUGCCGAGGGACGCAGCUCUGGGAGUGAGAAGAGGAUGGGGGAUGGCUCUCUCAUUGGAGAGGGAGAGGCACGCGGGCGCUAGGCCAACAUGAGCUCUCCCAAGUCCUGGGGCUGAACCCCUCUACCCGCUGUCUUUUUCCUAGACGGCUCGCGGGAGGAAGAAGACGGGAGGGCGCGAGGGGCGGGACCGCUUUCAGAGAAGAAAGCGAUCCGCGAGUGCAUGGGGCUUACCCAGACAGCCGACGCACUCACCGUGGCCGUCAUCAUUCUGCAGAGGGGGUCUGCAGGUGCCACAACUUGUGUGGGCUCUUUUAGACCGGUAUAGACCGUGGGAAAGCUCUUUUAGCAGCGCCGUGUAAAACCGCGGAAAUAAGCUGCUUUUAGAAGCGCCAGAUGGCGGCAGGAGAUUCGCUGAGAAGCGGCCGGGAAGCUUGAAGCUGGUUGCUCGAGAGCGGUGCUCGAGGGCGGCAGUCUGCGAGGUUGCCAGCGCUGUAGCAGGCGGCGGUCUCAGCUGAUCCUCUGUGCUGCCUUUUCGAUGGCGGAGCGAGCUCUUCCAGCGGCGAAGGCAUUCAGCGGGAUGCAGCAAAGAGAAGCGCAGUCUUCGCUGAAGGAGAGAGAACUGAAAUCCUACGGCGAAACGCCCGCUUAUAUAGCCAUAAGCCCCGCCUGUUUUGGCGGGAUCGUUCGCGCGCUUUUUCGCCAUAGGCUCGCGCAGCUAUGCUGCGCCGUCAUUGGUUCAAAAAGUUUUCUUCUUUGAACCAACAGACGUGCAGUUACACUGCGCUAUUGAAAAAAGGCUUCAGCGAGGAGGAAAAAGGAGCUUUUCCCCAUACGCAGUAUGAGUGAAAGUAUCGAAAGGGAACAGUUUUUUACACUUUUUUAUCAUCUGCAUUUUUCUUUCUUUUUUUUUUUUCUCUCAGAUGCCGCGAGAGACAUAGAGUCAUCAAGCGGCUCGUCCUCUGAACCACCAAAAGAGACGAGGUCACGCGCUUCUGCCGAGGGACGCAGCUCUGGGCGUGAGAAGAGGAAGGGGGACGGCUCUCUCAUUGGAGAGGGAGAGGCACGCGGGCGCUGGGCCGACGUGAACUCUCCCAAGUCCGGGCGCUGAACCCCUCUACCCCACUGUCUCUAAGCCCCGUCUGUUUUGGCGGGCUUGUUCGUGCGCUUUUUCACCAUAGGCUUGCGCAGCUAUGCCGCGGCGUCAUUGGUUCAAAAAGUUUUCUUCUUUGAAGCAAUAGACGUGCAGUUACACUGCACUAUUGAAAAAAGGCUUCAGCAAGGAGGAAAAAGGAGCUUUUCCCCAUACGCAGUAUGAGUGAGUAUCGAAAGGGAACAGUUUUUUACACUUUUUUUAUCAUCGGCAUUUUUCUUUUUUUUCUUUCUUUUUUUUUUUUUUUUUUAAAUGUAUCAGAAACCUGGCAGAAAGAAAGUGUUUAUCUUCUCCAUAGAAACUCAGUAAGGUCAGUGUGAAGUGGAAGUUGCAACUGACUUUAUGUAUUUAUCAUAUUUCCAAGUAAAACUGAAUUUUUGCGCACAACUUCAUUUCUAGCUCACAGGAGACUGCCGUUUUGAGGGGAGUGGUUAAAGUUGGAAUGAAACAGAAGUUGUGAUAAGUCUUUUCUUCCCUAUUGUGAUGUACACUGUCACUAUGUAUAAAAUCAAAUACUCCCCUACAAUAUAGUAUGAGAAAAACAGAACGUCAACAGAAUAGUAUGUCCUAAUUCAAAGUAUUCGCAAAACCAGUAGGUGAAAAGUACCCGGAUGACUUACUACUUCGGCCGUGAUACUGAAGUGCAGAUUUGAUGGACACUAUACUAUCCCAUGAGGUCAUGGGAGAGGAUUUAUGAAUGUUAGUAAAUCAAUGCAACUGAUGCUGGUAGAUCACAUGACAGUAACAACAUGGCAGAUGUACGUCUGAAUUUAAUUCAUACUAUAUAGAACAUACUUUUUUAUCAGUCAUGAAGUAAAUUCAAAUUCCACUUAGACAGUAUGUGAUUUUGGGCGCACCGUGUAUAUCCGAGUGAAGCGGCUUCUCAAACAAGAAACAAAUGUAGGGUGGGGCUUGAUUUUGUUGUUGUGAUCUCAUGUUAGUGACAAAAAACAUAUCAUCAGAGAGGAUAUCACAUGUCAUUGUAAGGGGGAAGGGAAGUUAUUUUGAUUGAAGAUUAUGAAGCCAUAUGAAUUGAGAAAAAAUGAUGUGCAUGGAAAAAACAUUUAUAAUAAAUACAUAUUUUAAAAAAACAACAACAACAAAAAAACAAGAAUUGUCAAUAUUGAUUUCAUGGUGACUUUAAGGUUGUUUUGCCCAAAGCCGUCAAGCUGACAUCAUCAGAGAAGGAGCACAAUUUUAGAGGGAAAUAAAUUUUGACUAAAGAUUAUGAAGACAGACUCAUUUUUUUUUUUCGGUGGAUUACUUUACAAAGAUUAACUGUUCACCACUUAGUAGUGUGUGCUAACAAUAGAAAUAUGGUCCAUUUUGAUUACACACAGACUUUAAAAGUUGAAAUAGCAGCAAUUUGAGAGCUUAAUGUAUACAAGUGGCCGUGGAAGACCAAAAUUAUAACACCUUGAGCAUGUUGUCUACACAGAAACUGAUAGUAAUUCCAAUUGAGGGUGUCCACAAAAAUCCCCAAAGGGAGGUUUUACCAGAUAACAAGGUAAACAAAGUAAACACACACAGACCUCCUCCCCCACAAAACUACCACUGGGAUUCAACACGUAUGUAAAAUAAUAAUGAGUUUAACAAUAUUUAAAGUGUGAUGCUCUGACAGAGCUCUGAUCUUUUUCACUCUGUGCCUUCAACAACAUCACGCAAGCCUGGAGAUUUGUGCACAAGACAAGGACGUUGUAGAUUGCAGUAUUAGUCAGUGUGCUAUACCAGCAUCUGUGGUCAACAUCUUCAUGUUUUAUUUUUCUGAAUAUGUCUGCUUUUAAUGGUUCUACAUCUAACCUCACUCAGAUUAAGUCCCUGGUAGAUCGAGAUGCACCGGUGAAAACAUUCUUGUGUGUGACGACAUGUGUUAUUUUCCUGUAUGUCAAUGGAGUCAUGAUCUUCACCUUGAGGAAAAAGACUGUUUUUCAGGAGGCAUCGCGCUACAUUCUGUUUGGUCACAUGCUUUGGCUUGACACACUCCAUCUUUUUAUGAGUGUGGUGUUAUUUGUGUGUGCUGUUAGCAGAAUUGUUAUUUUGAAAAAUGUCUGUAUCUUCCUUCUUGCAGCUGCACAAUCCCUCUAUCAGGUUGCCUUACUAAAUCUGGCUUUGAUGUCACUGGAGAGGUAUGUGGCCAUCUGCUUCCCUCUCAGACAUGCAGAAAUCACCAAUUACAGAAGAACUAACAUGGCCAUUGGCGCUGUUUGGAUGAUGGGUUUGAUUCAGUGCUUGUCUGAGAUGAUUAUCUUCUAUGCCAUUGAUACUACAAACACAGUGAUGAAUUUGUUCUGCUCAAGAACUACUCUCUUCAGACUGCAGAUAUAUAAGAAACUUGAAAUAGCUUUCACAUGUAUAUUUUUUGUGUUGGUGUGUUUUGUUAUUAUCUUUACUUAUGCUUCUAUAGCAGCUGUGGCUAAAACAGCCUCCUGUGAUAAGGCAUCAGCCAAAAAAGCCAACAAGACUGUUCUGUUGCAUCUAAUACAGCUGGGUCUCUGUGCUGCAUCCAUUUUAGUUGGAGUUAUCCAAGAAGUCAUUUAUGUUUAUACUGACUAUAUGACAUCAUUACAUGUAAUGUAUUUUUGCUUUGUAGUGUUUAUGAUUUUCCCCAAAUGUCUAAGUCCUCUUAUAUAUGGUCUAAGAGACCAGGCCUUUAGCACUUUAUUCAAAUACUACUUUACAUUUGGUCUCAAAAAGCAAAACAGUUGUAAUACAGAGAUGCAUUUAGAGAGAGAAAAAGUAGAUACUAUAUAACUGAUGGUAAAACCUAUUUAAAUGUUAUCUAAAAGGCUUAAGUUGAUAAUGUCCUUUCAUUAUUAAGAUACAUAAAUAUAUUUAUCUAAAAUUGUAAAAUAUGUGUUUGUGUCUGAUGAUGAGAUAUUGGAGAUGAACCAGACAAAAAUUACUGACUUGUUGAAAAUCAUUCAAGCAUGUUUUUAACAAUCACACUAAACUAAACUUGUCACAAUGUUUUCCAGUGCAGUAACCACAGAUAUGGGAUGUAAAAUGUUUGUUGUCCAUUUAAUUUUAUACAACUGCUUUUAUCACAUUGUCAAUGAAUUCACAGUAGCUGAAAUGAGAUUUUAAGACUCUCUAUGAGAUCAGACAAAUAAAUUUGCAACCGUUAAAGCAUCUUCUAGCAUUAUGUCUGUCAUUUGUUUAUAAAAAAAAACUCAAGAUGUGUUCGUGCAAUCUUUUACAGCUCUUCCUUUUACUUGUACAAAUACUUGAGUUAAUUAUUGCUCAGUUGUCUGUAACAAUACAUGCAGUUUUUGAUUUCAUCUUUUAACUGUUUUGAUGUUUUUUUCUUGUCCACGUGUCUUAAUAGUUUAUCCAUAUACUGUUUGACGGGACUGCUCUGCUGUAUAGGAGGAAAUAGCAUCUGCAAAACCUAUUACUCUAAUUUUAAACUGGCCCUAUGAUUUAUUUUGAUUAAAUGCCUUUGUAGUGAUUUAAGAGGUGGACUGUGAAUUCAUCAAGACCCUGCAUUUACACACACAUGCAUACUGAUAAAUGUAUUAAGGCAUUAACCUCAAUGAAUUUAAUGUGUAUGAGAAAAGAAUUUACGAUAUUCUAUAUAAUGCAUGGCUGUGAUGUAAUUUGUUGUUGUACAAUGUACAGGAACUCAUCUUCUAAAUUUCUAUUGUAUAUCAUUCUUGACUACAAAAUAUAUAGCCCUGAAGGGUAUAGACAGUCUAAGUAACUACACUUAACUCACAUACAUGCAAUGUUUCUACCAUGGAAUUAAAAAAUAAAAUAAAUUGUGACUUUUAUCUCACAAUUCUGAGAUUAUAACUUGCAAGACUUAGAUAUAAACUCAUAAUUGCAAGGGAAAUACUAAGGACAUGAUGUUAUUUGAUUUACAUCAUUCAAAUUUUGUGGUAAAAUUUUAAAUAUAGAAAUGCAGAUCAGAAAAAAAGGUACAAAGGCUGUCAUUGGGGCAGUACCCUUUCAAAAAGUACACCUUUGUACCUUAUUUAGGUACAUAUUUGUACCUUAACAGUACAUAUAAGUACCUAAAAUGUACAUAUUUGUACCUUUUGAAAGGAUAACAUCCCAGUGAUAGCUUUUGUACCUUUUUUCUGAAAGCAUAAGCUCUUGAUUCUUGGCAGAGAAGAAAUAUACAGAAUGAACGGUCACAUUUUGAACAGAAUAAUUUUCAUUAGAUAUCAAAUUCAUUCAUAUUAGAUUCACUUUUAUAAAGAUGUUUUUUAAAAAGCAAUCACAUUCUCAAUCGGGAUGUAGUACAAACUUCUGAGGACAAAGUAAACACACACACAAAACAGGGUUCAAUAUGUACAUUGUGACAUAAUGAUUAUAUAUAAUUAUUAUUAUUAAAGUGUGAGGCUCUGACAGAUCUCUGAUCUUUCUCUCGCUGUGCCUUCAACAACACGCUACCCUGGGGAUUUGUGGUUACAAGGACAUUGUAGAUUGCAGUUUUGUUCUGAGUUAGUGUGCUAGACCAGUGCUCCUGUGGUCAACGUUUUCAUGUCUUACUUUUAUGAAUAUGCCUAAUUUUAUCGAAUCUAAAUCGAACCUGACUCAGAUUGUACCACUGGUGGAUCGAGAUGCACCGGUGAAGGCGGCCUUGUACUCAUUCAGAAUCAAAUGUAAACAUCCAAAUAAAUACUAUACUUGCACGAUUAGACAUACUGCAUGACAAACACUUUGUAAAGAUCCAUUUUGAAAAAACUAUGACUAGAAAAAAAUGCAAACAAAAUCUAUAACUGCAAUAGAAAAGAAAAUAAAUAAAAGAAAUAGAAAUUCAAAAAGUAACCUAAAGUAGUAAACAAGAGACAAGCAAAAGAAAUAAAUUCUAGGAAUAAAUGACUAGACCAAAAAAAAAAAUAAAAAAUAAAAAUAAAAAAAGACUGCAACUUUGCAGAAAACCAGAGAGAAAAAUAGGAACUUAAGCUAGAGAAACAAAAGUAAAACUAGAGAGAACCAAAAAAUAAAGCUUGGAAAAAAAGAAAAUUCAGCAAAAACCUGAAACUAGACUGGAGCAAAAACUAUCAAGGGAAUAAAUUCAAGACUAGGCUUGGCAAAACACAAGGCACACAAAGAACACAACAAACCAGCAACAACAUGAGGGAAAGGAGCACAUUAUAAAGGGAGCAAAGCACAUGAGGAACAGGUGAUCACACUCAAGCAAACAAAGACUAGACAAGGACUAAAUAAGGGCUAGCACCACUCACCUUACAAAAAGUAAGUCUAGCAUGUGUUUACAUGGAAAACAAUGGAAAAGUAGGGCGGUGGAAUGGAAAAGUGUCUUCUUUGUGAAUGGGGCCACAAGAGAUGAACUCUCCACAACACACUGAUUCUGUUGUCAGCAUAAUUUCUUAUGUAAUGUUUGGUGCUUCUUAAUUGUCAAUUGAAUACUCAAAUGGAAGUCAGCAGCCUUAGGCUGGAGACAAUAAAAGGCCGCUCUAAAAUGUGCAGUUUUACAGUUUUGGGGGGGUUCUGAAAACCAGUCAGUAUCUGGUGUGACCACCAUUUGCCUCACACAGUGCAACACAUCUCCUUCGCAUAGAGUUGAUCAGGUU